CUUUCAGUCAAAGUUGAGGGACAGAUUUUACCCUCCAUCAAAGCUGCGACUGGGGUUCACUGGCAAACACAAUCGGACUGUCAACAUAGAAACAUGGCUGCCUCUGCGACGAGCAAGGCACACAACAGAGACAGCGCAACUACUCACAGUCCAAGAUGUCACGAAGACGCUCUGUCGCAGUCCCGCGACAUAAUCAAACCCACCAUCACGGAGCUGACCAAAGAAGUGAGGACGAACAUCCUCUGCACCGUGGAAGGAUGUGGCAAGAUUCUCCCCAACACACCUGCGUUGAACAUGCAUCUUGUUAAAUCACACCGAGUAAAGGAUGGGAUUGUGAAUCCCACGGUCAGAAAGGACAUGAAGGGCUCCCAGAAGCUUUACUGCUGUCCCAUUGAGGGUUGUCCCAGGGGGCCUCACCGACCCUUCUCCCAGUUCUCCCUGGUUAAACAACACUUCAUGAAGAUGCAUGCAGAGAAAAAACACAAGUGCUUCAAGUGCAACAAUGGCUACAGCACCGAGUGGGACCUAAAGAGGCACAUAGAGGACUGCGGGAAGACCUACCACUGUACAUGUGGCUGCCCCUAUGCGAGCAGGGCUGCUCUACUCUCGCAUAUCUACAGGACCGGUCAUGAGAUUCCUACAGAACACAGAAUUCCUCCUGUGAAAAAGCGAAAGCUGGAGAAGUUGUUAAGUUGUCCCGAAAAGGUCAAGACCAACGAGUCGACCUUUCGGAUCUCGCCCGCUGGUAAAGAGCUGACGGAGACCGCGCUCCCUUCCGACGCGGCCGCUCACAUCCUAAACUCCGUGAAGCAGAACUCCAACCCCCGUAAGAGCCUCCAGAAGCUGCUGCUCCCGAAACCCAAGAUGGCGUUGGUCAGUGUUCCUGUGAUGCAGCUGGCCCACCUGCCCGUCCUGCUCCCGUCUCCAGAAAGCGGGGCUCUGAGGUCGGUGGUGCUGGCCGUGAACAGCCACGGCUCCGUCGGCACCCUUCACCUCCUGCCGCACGGAGCCGUGGUCCCCCAACUCGGCGCCAAGAGCUUGUGCUUCAAGGAGGGCAUGUCGACGUCACUCUCUAGCCUGGGCUCCAUUAGCACUGGGGUGCAGGUCAGUCUGGGCCUUACCUGCGCAAAUGACCUGGCCAGUCUGGUCGAGCAACGGGGAAGAAGCACCUCCACCAACAUUCAGACGGGCAAAUCGUACUUGUCCGAAGCGGCCCCGGGAGCGGGGGUCGGGGAGGCCAUGGGGCUGUGCUCAGCGGGGGACUCCUCGGUGUCGUCUUGCUCCCAAACGGACAUCAGUGUGAGUGCUCAAGUCCUCCUGCCGGUCAGUGUUGAAACCCAGACAUUCUCCUCCCGGACGAAAGCCACGUCCUCCAUUGCAGCGCAGACAGACGGCCAGUGCGUGGGUCAAGUCCCCUGUUCCUCUUCGUCGGUCCCCCCGGACAAAACCAUGCAGACGUCUCUCGCCCUGCCGCAAUCGGACGAUAAGGCUCAGCAGCAGGCGAUCCUGUGCGCCGAGCUCUUCGGCAGCGACUCCCUGAGCGUCUCCACUCAGACCGCUCUGGACACGAACGCCACGCUCGGAAGCGGCAUGUACGAGGACUCGAAGUCCACGGGCGGCGGGAUGUGCUUCGGGGUGCAGACGGACGAGCUCAACUCGAACAACAUGGCGGACAAUCAGACCCAAACGAUGACCUUGCUCAACGACCUGGAGAACAUUCUGUCCGACAGCAUGUCGGGCCACCAGGUGCUCGCGGUGGCGUCGGGAGGCUGCGGCUCGGUGCUCGGGUCGGUUCAGGAGCAACACAACGCCAUCGACUUUGACUUUGAAGAGUUUCUCAACGCCGUCCAGACGCAGACGGAAGAGAGCGAGCUGGGAGGCCUGGGCGGGGACAUGACGCUGGAGUCCCUGGACAUCCAGACCCAGACGGACUUCCUUCUGAUGGAUGAACUGGACCAAGGUGAGGCGCCGAGUCCAACCCAAGCCAGCGUCCUGGAGCUGUUUGAUACUCAAACUCAGACUGAACUCGAUUUCCUGCUGAACGCCGGGAGCCACAUGGCCCUGAGCAGCAUCCUGCGACAUUCAAGCUUCUCCAUGAGCACCGAGUCCUCGGACACCGAGACGCAGACGGACCUCCCGCUCUUCGCCACGGGUCUCUCCGCUCCGGCUCCCGCGAGCCAGGGCGAGCACGAGCACGGCCCGCUGCUGAGCAGCACGGAGACGCAGACCGCGACCGGCCAGGCAGAGGGCCUGGGUCACCUCUUCCUCACCAGCAACGAAACACAGACCGCCAUGGAUGACUUCUUGUCGGCAGACCUGGCGUGGAAUAUGGAGUCCCAUUUCAGCUCCGUGGAAACCCAGACCUGCGAGGAGCUCCGUGCUCUCUUUCAGCACCCGGAGAAACCCAACAGCUGAGGCCCUCCGGAGGGAACCGGCCUCGGCUUUUGCAGUACCGGUUUCUCGUGUCGGCCCGGUCCCGUCGGGGGAAUCGGUCGCCGCAGGCUGAGCGGGAACACGUCCUCGAAGAUGUCUUUGAACAUUCCACUGGAGACGUCAUGUCCAGAGCCUCUCCAGGUACCGAUCCUGACCGCUCUGCCGCACUUUAUUUGCUCAACGGGCGUGAUGCAUCAGCUCCUGUGACCGUUUACAUAUUUAUUUUCACAUAAAGUAACUUAUUGUGUGUGUAUCGUGUCUGAAAUGCCAGUUCACUUUAAUAUGUCGGUGUAUAACCACUGUGAUUUGGUUUUCGCUGUUUGGUCUUAUCGGUUUACAAAUAACUGGACAUUUCACCAAGGGGUCCCAUGUUCCGAGGCGUAGACAUGUACACGUCUGUACGCCGGCUCUCCGAUAUGCAUAUUCUGCAUGCAAUGUCAUCUCAGCCGUACAACAAACGCCACUGUACGUUUAGUUUCCGUAUGUGUUUUGAAAUGUGCAUGAAGCAUUCGCUCAGCAGAGCAGGAACAGAACGUCUCUUCUUUCAGCUUGUGCUUCUCACGGCCGCCGCGUUGCAAGGCUGUAAACUCUAACAGCAUCCCGUACGCCUCGCAGCCUGAGGAAGAACAUCGGCUUUGUGUUUCCCCGAGAUCAAACCCUCAUCCAGCCGUUCACCGCGGACACGGCUCUGCGUCUCUGAAACUCGGCGUGACUCGUACGGAUGUGGCGCGAGUCAAAAGCAGCUAUUUUGGAACUUUUUGAUUGAGAUGUGAUGGUGAAGUUUGAUGUCGCGUUAAAAAACCCCGCUUGUUGCGUCUAUCGUCAAGCAGUCCGUCGGAGUCGGUAAGCCGCCUUGCCGGUCGUCGUGGUUGACUUCUUCAUGAGCCGGGUGUCAGCGUGGACGGCGAUGUUGCUGUACAGAGACUCGUGGUGGAUUAGCAGCGAGCCAUCGUGUGCACUCGGCACCUUAUUCUGACUGAAAGGAGUCCUAUCCAUGCUCCGCCCCUUACCGGAACGCCGUGUUUUCAUUUAUUAAAGCUUCUCUCCAAGUAACUAAUCUGACUGUUUUGAUUCCAUGAUGUUGUUGCACCGAGUCGCCUCGUUAAGCACCGGCGCCACUCGGACCGCGUUCUACCCGGGAACCUCGAGCUAACGGCCUCCAUUGCCUUUUUUUUUUCUUUACGAAUUUUGUUAUGUUGGUGGCUUAACACAAGCUUUAGCUUUUAGCUCUGUGCCAGACAAUGUGCUGCUUUACAAUAUCUAACUUAUCUGAAUUACACAGGUUUAUGAAAAAAAUACAUUUGUCAUCAUUCUUGGACUGUCCCCGAAUCGCCCUCCAUAGUUUCUAUGGAAAUGUGUAUGUUCUGUCACAGGAAUAAUGCUUUGCAGCAUUUUAUUGACGGUAAUUAGUUUGACGGUUUUCAUCAAAGGGUUAAUGCUGUGGAAGUUUAGAGAUGUAGAAACUGAAGCAUGUGCAGAACACUGUGCCCACGUGGAACGAGCUCUACUCGUCUUCAUCGGGUCCAAACCGUCCACGGAUCAGUUACCUGUGUUAAUAAUGACUUUACUAUCUCCAUAGCGUCUUCCUGCUCACUGGCACAUGGUUUAUAGUUGCUUUAAACUUAACUACGUAGAAGCCUUAUCAGUUACAGUGCUUUACUUUCUCUUUGUAGGGGGUGCAUGCAGAUGUUUUCCCAGCACAUGUGUGUUUGAGCUAAAUAUGAGUUUGUUGCCUGUAGAGUUGAUGGUUGCCUUGAGUCAUUGUUGAAGCUACACUACAAAUGUUCUUAAUAAACUGUGUGUGUACAAUGUCA